AUGUCGUCUCUGCUGAGGGAGGAGAUGGACAGAGUCUUAUUCAGAUCGGAGGGACAGAAGCUGGAGGAGUUUAUAGAAAUAGAGGAGCAAAAGCAAGGGCGACAUUUUCUCUGCGUUUCUAUAUCUAAGGAUAAAGAAGCUCAGAUCUCAGUUGUCCUGUGUCGGAGAGUUAAACAUUCACGGACCAAUAAGCUGCAGAAAUAUGGGCUGGAGGACAGUUAUGAAAGAACAGAGACUUGGGCCCUGGAAGACCUGCUGAUUCUGGAUGGUAGAGAUGCAGAUACAGAUGAUCCCUGUUUCUUGAUGCAUUUCGACACGGUGCGGUCCAUCAGAGCAGUGAGCUGUGCUGCGAAAUACACACUGGCCCGCUGUCUGCUGUCCCUGAGCAAGAAGUAUCACCACACGGCACUAAAACUUAAGAACUAUGACUGGACGUACAUUCAGCCCACUGCAGUGUAUACAGAUCGUGGUGACUGUAUUGUCCUUGCACAGAUCUGCUUCUAUGCUUUUAAUCUGGUGUGUCUUUCCUUGUGUCCUGUGCCUCUGGCAUAGAGACAUUUUGAUUAAUGUUCUCAUUCGAGGAAUUUCUUUUGACCUGGUCCUAAAACCUCAACUCUUGAUGUUGACAAUAAAAAGUUCAUUUCAGUGUAAUCUAUAAUACCCUUAGGGAGUGUACAAAGACCAUGCUUUGUGUUUUGAGCA